UUGAAGGGCGAUGACGAAUUUAGAUGACCAUUCAUAAUUUUUUGUUUCACAAUCAAAUUUAACCUUGCCCAUCGUCCCACCUACCACUCUAACAAUUCAGAGAGUCAUUGAUCAGCGAAUGUCGGGAGAAAUUGAAGGCUGUAUCCUAUUCUGUUCUGUCCGACCACUUACCACUUUAAUACAUUCCUACUUUCUCCUUCAAUCUAAUAAUGACCAGCUAAAGUAGUCACCCUUUCAAUGUUCUGCUUGUUGAGGCCCCACUGCGGGCAACCAACCAAGAGAAACCGUUGUACACAAUUUGAUGCUUAAAACUUUUGCCAAGCCCCUUUACAUUGCAUUGAAUGCACAGCGGAUUUCCACGUUUGCAGAUUGGUGGAUGCCUUUCAGACUCCAUUUCCUGAGUCCGGCAUAAUAUCACAACCAUAGGUUCUGAUGGGGAGCCAUGAAACUGAGUUCUGCACCGUGGAGGUGGGAGAUGGAAUUAGUCUUCAGGCAAGGUUAUUUAAACCCACAGCCGUAACAAGUGAUAUCGUUAUUGUCUUGGUUCAUCAAUAUUCUGUACUGGGUGGUUGCCAAGGGCUCAUGAAGGGCAUUGCCAAAGAGCUAGCUGAAAAAGGCUACCAAACUGUGACUUUUGAUAUGAGGGGUGUAGGGAGAUCUUCAGGAAAAGCUUCAUGGACUGGAUCAUCAGAGGUACAGGAUGUUAUUGCUGUUUGUAAAUGGGCUUCCCAGUAUAUUUCUGCAGAAAGGAUACUUUUGGUCGGAUCUUCUGCAGGUGCACCAAUCGCAGGUUCUGCUGUUGACCAAGUUGAGCAAGUUAUGGGUUAUGUAAGCUUAGGUUACCCCUUUGGCAUGAUGGCAUCAAUAUUGUUCGGAAGGCAUCAUAAAGCUAUUUUGCAGUCACCCAAACCAAAGCUCUUUGUGAUGGGCACAAGUGAUGGGUUUACGAGUGUAAAACAACUAAAAGAUAAGUUGAAGAUGGCAGCUGGACGCAAUGAAAUUCAUCUUAUACCUAAAGCUGGGCAUUUUCAGAUGGAAGGCCCUGCCUAUGAUGAGCAAAUGGCAGAAUUAAUUGAUAAGUUUUCUGCAACUUUGUAGGUGAAUGGGAUUUGAUCAACAACAGAAUAUGUGUAUGCGUUCCUUUCAACUUUUAGAGUUUGUUUCGUCUCUUCUUGGUAAUGUUUGUAAACUCUUCUUUGUGAUUGGUCAGCAUGCUGGCAGUGUGUCAUAUUUUAAAACAAGUUUGCAGAAUUACUCUUGAUGUUUGGACGGCGAUGAUACUGAAAACAAUAUAACCUUAUACUAGUGAAAUUGUCACAGAUCAUGGUCACUAUCUUUUAAUCAAAGGAAGAUGGCAUGCUUAUAUUCA